GCCAAGGCCGAGGCUGAAGCGGCGGAGGCUGUGGUGAAGGCGGCGGCGCCUCAACCGGGGACGGUGCUCCGCUGGGCCCCCUUUCAGGCUCCAUGGAGGCGGCAGCAGGCGGGGGCUGCGGCUCUGGACCGCCGCUGCUGCUGAGUGAGGGCGAGCAGCAGUGCUACUCUGAGCUCUUCGCGCGCUGCGCCGGCGCCGCAGGCGGGGGCCCCGGGUCCGGGCCCCCUGAGGCCGCCAGGGCCGCCCCCGGCGCGGCCACCGCAGCCUCGGGCCCCGUGGCCGACCUGUUCCGGGCGUCGCAGCUGCCCGCCGAGACGCUGCACCAGAUCACAGAACUCUGUGGUGCAAAGCGGGUUGGUUAUUUUGGUCCAACACAGUUUUACGUUGCCCUGAAAUUAAUUGCUGCAGCACAGUCUGGCCUCCCCGUGCGGAUAGAGAGUAUUAAAUGUGAACUGCCGCUGCCUCGCUUUAUGAUGUCAAAAACUGAUGCUGAGAUCCGGUUUGGGAACAUGGCUGAGCUGCAUGGAACUAAAGUUCAGAUUCCAUAUUUAAUCACAGAAAAAAAUACCUUCAAAAGAAUGGAUGAUGAGGAUAAACAGCAGGAAACGCAGUCUCCCACGAUGUCACCCCUCGCCUCCCCUCCUUCUUCCCCGCCUCAUUACCAGAGGGUGCCCUUGAGCCAUGGCUACAGCAAACUGCGGAGCAGCACGGAGCAGAUGCAUCCAGCUCCUUAUGAAGCUAGACAGCCCCUUGUCCAGCCUGAGGGACCCUCGUUGGGGGGCCCAGGAGCCAAACCCCUUCGGCAUCAGGCUUCCCUUAUCCGGUCCUUUUCAGUGGAGAGAGAACUGCAGGAUAACAACAGUAGUUACCCAGACGAACCCUGGAGGAUAACGGAAGAGCAGCGAGAGUAUUAUGUCAACCAGUUCCGGUCCCUUCAGCCUGAUCCGAGUUCCUUCAUUUCAGGUUCUGUGGCCAAGAACUUCUUCACCAAAUCAAAGCUUUCCAUUCCAGAACUCUCCUAUAUAUGGGAACUGAGCGAUGCUGACUGCGAUGGAGCCCUGAGCCUGCCAGAGUUCUGUGCUGCGUUUCAUCUCAUUGUGGCUCGGAAGAACGGCUACCCACUGCCUGAGGGCCUGCCUCCAACUCUGCAGCCAGAGUACCUGCAAGCAGCCUUUCCUAAGCCCAAGUGGGAGUGUGCGUUAUUUGAUUCUUAUUCUGAGCCAGUGCCAGCAAACCAACAACCCCGUGACUUGAAUCGGAUGGAGAAGCUAUCUAUUAAAGACGUGGCCGACUUUCCUGUCCCUACCCAAGAUGUGACUGGUGAUGACAAACAAGCUUUGAAGAGUGCUACGGAUGAAGCCUUACCAAAAGAUAUGUCCGAGGAUUCAGCCACUCCUAAGGAUUCCAACAGUCUCAAAGCAAGACCAAGAUCCAGAUCCUACUCUAGCACCUCCAUAGAAGAGGCCAUGAAGAGGGGCGAGGACCCUCCCACCCCGCCACCGCGGCCACAGAAAACCCAUUCCAGAGCCUCCUCCUUGGAUCUGAAUAAAGUCUUCCAGCCCAGUGUGCCAGCUUCUAAGUCAGGAUUGUUACCUCCACCACCUGCGCUUCCUCCGAGACCUUGUCCAUCGCAGUCUGAACAAGGAUCUGAGGCCGAGUUACACCCUCAGCUGAACAGAGCCCCCUCCCAAGCUGCGGAAAGUAGUCCAACAAAGAAGGACAUACUGUAUUCUCAGCCCCCAUCAAAGCCCAUCCGUAGAAAAUUCCGACCUGAAAAUCAAGCUACAGAAAAUCAAGAGCCUACUACUGCUGUAGGCGGGCCAGCUUCUGUAGCAACCGUGAAACCCCAUCCAACAGUCCAAAAACAGUCUUCCAAACAGAAGAAGGCUAUUCAAACUGCUAUCCGCAAAAAUAAAGAGGCCAAUGCAGUGCUGGCCCGGCUGAACAGUGAACUCCAGCAGCAGCUCAAGGAGGUUCAUCAAGAACGGAUUGCAUUGGAAAACCAACUGGAACAACUUCGUCCAGUCACUGUGUUGUGACCCCCAAGAUUCAAGUAACAGUGGGUGACCUUUCCUGCCAAGAUCUUUCCUUUGAAUGUUUCAACGCAACUACUUGUCAUAGAUGUCUGAGACUGUGUCAAAAGCUCUUAGCGGCGGAAUAUAAUCCAUAUCACCUUUUCUCUUGUGCUUCACGUGUACGUUUUACUGUGGUGGAAAAAAUACAACUGAUUAUCACACUUGAAAUUGUAACUAUCAGUGGAAUUUACCUCCCAUUCUUAAGUACUUCCUCAAGGUGUUAGAUGUUGCUCCUUACCCAAAACCAAUCUUCUAGCAAAUAAAAACAAUUUAGAGCAUUACUUAUUUAAAGAAUUUAUGACUUGUACAAAACCUUGUAAUCCUUGUAAUCCAGUACCUUCAGGUUUUAUUUUCGUAUGUAUAUCACAUACAGUAGAUUGGUUUCCUGAAUAAUUGUGAUUCCAACUGGAUAGUCUUUGGCAUGAUGAUAAUAAAAACAAAAAGUAGAAGAAAACAAAAGCAUUAGCUUUAGACUGGCGCUGUGCCCUCCACCACUAUAUGCCAAAAAUUGCUUCUCUAGUGCCAUCUUGAUAUUAUAUCUAGCUAUAAAUAAUACAUGACUAUUGUUUUCUAUUGAAUGGCAAAGACUUAUUCAGUCUUUACACCUCUGUAAAGUAGUAGUUUUGUCCAUGAUCUAUUUAACUUGGCCCAGCUAAGCCGUCAACCCAGACAACUCAGCCCUUUCAUGUAGAUUUUUGGGCAAGAGCAAUCUGCCUGAACUGCCUUGCCCGAUCAAAUUAAAUAAAUAGUUGCCAGAUCUCUACUUUUAUCCUGCAUGGGUUAACAUAUCUGUAAAUGCAUGAAUUUGGAAACCACCCAUCAAAUGUGAACGGCUGACGAGACUGUUUGGACUGAUAAGUAUUUGUUGUUUGAACACAGGUAUUCAAACUAGGGAAGAAGGGGCAAUGGUUGUUACCAGUAAUCCAGCAAUCUCUGGUAGUUAUUUUUGUCUUUGUUAUUUUAACCCGGAUCGUGAGUGUAUUGGGUAUGAAGAAAUAAUGAAAGAAAGCCGAUCCUCACACUGGAUAUAUGACUAUUUUGUUCUCUGUGAAGUGUACCCUUGGGAAGGGAUUGGUUUAUGUGCAGUUCAGAGGCGCCCAACCGACUCCAGUGUAAGUGAUGUAAAACAGUAAGCUCAAAUUGCAGAAGCCAGUACUCUAUAGAAAUUUACAUAGCCUCUGCUUCUCCUGUAAGCUCAAGUUGAAAGUGGGAAUUGAUCGACCCUCCCAGGUAUCCGGCCUCGCCAGCUUUAACAUCACUUCAGGAGACGGAUGGCAAGACAUGCGGUCUCUUGUGCAUUUUGCUAAUUUACUGAUUCUUAGGAUAGCGGGGUGGGGUGUGCUAGGGUUCUUUCUGAAGUGGUUUAGGAUAGGUUUGCGGUACGCGGGACUAAGCCUUUGAUUUCAAUAGAGUUGACUGCUUUUAGAAGAAGUAGGCUUUUAUUUUUAAUGCUUUCUUACUCCAUUAAGCUGUAUCAAUAGCUUAAUGGCAGAAGAGAAACGCUCAAACAGAUGAUGUUUUUCCAAAAAAACCCAAAUUGUUGAUUCUGUUCUGCGCAUAUUAAAGGAUUCUGAAUUGCUUGGAUUUUGAAAAUCACAGGACUUGAACUAUUUCUCUAGUCCCCCUUUCCUUCCCUUUUGGCUGCCUUUUUUGUCCCCGUGGGAGGGGUUCAGAGUCAGUUUAAACCCUUCCUAAGAUUAUGAAUGGGUGAGUGCACAUUUUUUAGGUAACCUCUUUUCACUUGUUCUGAGAUCUGGGGGCUGCAACACAUUUUAUCAACAGUGUCCUUGUCACAGACGUUUCAUAUCAUGUUUGCCUUUUGUUCCAUUCAAUCCAGGAAAGACUAGCAUAUGCACUUUAUCUCAUAAUCUUCCAGGACAUAUGCACACACUCCAGAUAGCACUUCAUAUCCAUUAAAAAGACAUAUAAACUAAAGAAUGUUAGUCUAUGUUAUGCAUUUUUAAAAUAUUGACAUGUUUUUCUCCCAUCAAGCCAAGGCCAGAGUGAGCCAAAUUAGGAGGUUGGGGUUUUGUUUAGUUAGCUUGGUUUUCAUUGAAGGAAAAUACUUGCAUUGGACAAUCAAAGCCUCAUGCGUUGCACAGUCUAACCAGUAAUUUAACAUAGGCAUCAUUAAAGCCCACACCAAUAAUAUCUCCACCCCACCUUCUUGACUGGACUUAAGAGUGACCACAGUUUCUUAGUUGCCUAGAAGUGGCUUUUUAAAAAAACAAUCACACCCCCCCCACACACACACAGAACGUGAUAUUACCUAACUAAUGCUCAUCCUCUGUUUCUCUGUUUUCGUAGGAUGUAUACUUUUAUUUAAUUUAGGAUUAUAACUCCUGAUAAUGUUUCUGUGAGCCUUUAAUAUGAUUUAUAGGGAGGCUGGGUUAUUGAUAUCACCAUUAUACCUCUUCUGUAAAACUACUCAAGCAUAAGACCUUGUUGGGCAGAAGUCUCUGGGCAGAAUGUUGAUGUUGCCCCCAUCCCCGGGGGUUUAGUAACCUUAUUGUUAAGUGGUCUUCCUCCAUGGGAGUCCCAUAGUCCCAAGGGUGAAAACACGGUGGGAGUAGAUCACCAGCUUAUUGGGUACCUCAGUGUCUCUGGUAUGUGGCUUAUUGCUUUGGCCACCUCCCUAUCCAGCAGCCAUGAAGCAAACCCAAAAGGUAGAUUUCUGGAACGCAGGAGUGUGUUGGAAUCAAGGCAGACAUUUGCCUUAGUUGGAGGGAUCUGACUGCUUUAUAAAUAUUAGAGGAGUGCUUUGGGUCUGGUUGGGAGAAGGAGGCAGCUUAGCUGGGAGCUGUGCCCAUUUUCUUCUCAUUGCACAGUAGGAUGUCAGAGAUGAGAGGACCCCUUCCCAUAUCCUGCAUUUGUUUGUGGGGAGACCAAGGCCCUAAGAAACCACAGUUCCUAGUCCAAGAAUCCAUAGAAGGAGGGAGCUGGUGGCAGAGUUGGGAUUUUAUGGAUUCUCAGUUGAGUCCUCUCGCCACUAACAUUACUAAAAAUAGAUUAGAAGGGUUUUUUCUGUGUACCAUGUUGAAUCUUAUUUACUUAAUUAAUCAGUCUUAAAAUAUGAAAACAUGUCUUAGUGAGUUUUAGGUCUAGAUAAUUCUCUUGGAUUGAAGCAAAAAAUAAAAUCUGAAGAGAAAGAAUAUGAUUGAAGUAUCUGUUCUUCAGAACACCUCGUCUUUCAUGAUGCAGUAAAUUACCCUGAGUUUCUUGGCAGAACUUUUGACAGCUGUUGCUUUGAAUGGAUUCCAUUCCUGUAUUCCUUAUGGGAGUUUGUUUUUAAAAUAGACUACUGUGAUUGAAAUGAACUCAAUAUGUAGUAAGUUAUAGUUUUCUUCAAUAUAUCUUGGGUUACUUGGGUUGCAAAUGUUCAGUUUCAGCACAGUUUAGGGUGAGUAAUCAAAAACAUGGAUUUUUCUUUGAUUUCCUAGUAAUGUCUGAACUAUCAUAAAGCAUUCUUCUCUUCAUAUGUGACUUGAUUCUAAUCUGUUUCUAAAUGAUAUUUGUCCAUUUCUUAGAUGAGCUCACAACCAUGGUAAUGAUAGAUGUGCUCUUAGAAGAUCAAUAAGAAAAUAAUCUGGAAUGGAUGUUUUUCUUGAAAUUAAGACAGACAUUUGCAGAUGUAGUAGUUGGAAAGAUUUCAGUUUCAUUAUAACACCUUAGAGCUAAAAACAUUUGUUCAGCACAGGCUAGAAUCACACCUCCUGACAAGAUAUCACUAAGGGAAUUUGAUUUUUAAAAUAUUAAAAAAAAGAAUUACAGAUAUCAUAGCACCCAGAUCUUCCCAUAUUGCUGAGAAGUAGGACUCAGUAGGUUGUGGUUUGAACAUUAUGAAUGUGAACAAAAUGAAAUCUCUGUUGAGAGGUCUUUUUCUCCUCUAGUUAAAGAGAACAUUCUAGUAACUUUGGUUUCUCUUUCCGACUGGUUUACUCUGUUUCAAGUGUACUCUUUUGAAACUGAUUUCAAAGGAUCACUUGAAUUUACACUUUAGUUAUGGGUGCUUUGUUAUAGUUUUUUGACUCAGUGUAGUUCAAAUUCCUAGUGAGAAGUGGGGGGAUGUGGGCUUUUGCAGUCCUGAAGUGGCAUAUUCUGCUUCCCCUUCAGCCCAGGCUAAGGGAGGCGGCCCACCGAUGCCCACGGAUUAGUCAUCGACGGCAAUUUAUGAGAGUCUGACUCUAGGAGCCUCCCCACUUUGCUGUUUGCAGUGAGAAAUGUAGCUGGUUAUGUGACCCUCCCAAGAGCAACUGUAAGAACAGCAGACCAAGAGGGCCAGACAUGAAGAGCAAUACAAACCGAUUCUCCCCAAAAUAGACUUUCAGAGGUUGCCUUACUAAGUGUUCCCUUAAACAGCCAGUCUGUGAAUGUGGGGAGACAUCCCAGGUGCACGGUCACGUUCAGGCUUGUCUCGUUAUUUUCUACAUGUGAUUGAUAAAGGAACCUUUUCCGAAAGGCAUUACAGCCAGCGGUUCAAUCGACAGGAUUUGUUCUAGUGACAGAAGUCUUGCUCUGCUCUCAGCACUUGAGGAGUGUUUAGUUUUUGUGUUUUGGGGGUUCUACUGUCCUGCUCUAAGCUAAGUUCAUGACUGUGGGAGGUUGGAGAAAGUGGUUUAGGAUUCUGAAGACCAGAGGACACUGGAACUUAAGCAGGCCAGAACUGGAAUUUGAGGGCUGCAGUAGGGAAACUUCUGGUCCCAGUUCUGUCAUAAAGCACUAUGUCAGAUGUCAGGACUGGAUCCUAAAGCUCCUUCAGGGAGCCCUGACCUGGGAAUGGAGCAGGUGACGCAGGGACCCCCUUGUAUGGAGAUUGGAUCAGCUGAGUUGUGUGGGUUUUAUUUUGUUUUAAGGUAACUUGUGUGAGGGCUUCAGCUGCAGCCACCCUGGGAGCUGGGGUGUACCCUUACCUUUAGCCAUUCUUUUUGUCUUCAGCACAAAUCCGAUGUUCAAGUGAGCCAGAGGUGGGAAGAGCCAUUUUACUCCUUGUAGCUGUGGGCCUGGAGAGAUAAUGAGCUGAUGGUCUAUUUUAACCUCGAAAGUAAAAAUGUAUAUUUUUUCACUACAGUUACAUUGAACAGUAGAAUGAGGAACAGCAAAGUAUGUAUUUGAUGCCUUCUGUCUUUUCAUGAUAAUGUGCUAACAAGUUGUGUUAGUAUUUUACUCAGCCAGAGUCUCAUUCAUGUGCUAAGCAUUGGGAACUGUAUGUAUAUUGAUCUUAAACAUAAAUAAAUACAGGGUGUCCUAUAUUUGGAUUGUGA